CCCGGGUCUCGCGGGCGGUCUUGUGGACGCGUCUCACGGGGCAGCAGGCGGCGGCCGUCGGGGAGAGAGAGAGAGAGAGAGAGCGAGGCUUCCCGGGCAUGGCGGGUCGCAGGACCUGACACGGGCCAGUCGCCCGUGCUUGGAGAUGGGGACGGAGCUGCGGGACCGCCGCGCCGGCCCGUGACUGCCGCCCGGGACCGCCGUCCCCGCCGCCUGCGCUCCUCGCGAGGAGCCGACCCUCGGGGACCAUGGCCCUGGAGCAGCUCUGCCCGGUUCUCAAAGUUUUGUUAAUAACAAUACUCGUGGUGGAAGGGAUCGCCGUGGCCCAAAAAACCCAAGAUGGACAAAAUAUUGGAAUCAAGCACAUUCCUGCAACCCAGUGUGGCAUGUGGGUUCGAACAAGCAACGGAGGUCAUUUUGCUUCACCGAAUUAUCCUGACUCAUAUCCACCAAACAAGGAGUGUAUCUAUAUUUUGGAAGCUGCUCCGCGUCAAAGAAUAGAACUGACCUUUGAUGAGCAUUAUUAUAUAGAACCAUCAUUUGAAUGUCGGUUUGAUCACUUAGAAGUUCGAGAUGGGCCAUUUGGUUUCUCUCCUCUUAUAAAUCGUUACUGUGGCAUGAAAAGCCCACCAUUAAUUAGGUCAACAGGGAGAUUCAUGUGGAUUAAAUUUAGUUCUGAUGAAGAACUUGAAGGACUGGGAUUUCGAGCAAAAUACUCAUUUAUUCCAGAUCCAGACUUUACUUACCUUGGAGGUAUUUUAAAUCCCAUUCCAGACUGCCAGUUUGAGCUCUCAGGAGCUGAUGGAAUAAUACGCUCUAGUCAGGUGGAACAAGAAGAAAAAACAAAGCCUGGCCAAGCAGUUGAUUGUAUAUGGACAAUUAAAGCCACUCCAAAAGCUAAGAUUUAUUUGCGGUUCCUAGAUUACCAAAUGGAGCACUCAAAUGAAUGCAAGAGAAACUUUGUUGCCGUUUAUGAUGGAAGCAGCGCUAUUGAAAAUUUGAAGGCCAAAUUUUGCAGCACUGUGGCCAAUGAUGUAAUGCUUAAAACAGGAGUUGGAGUGAUACGGAUGUGGGCAGAUGAAGGUAGUCGGCUUAGCCGGUUUAGAAUGCUCUUCACUUCUUUUGUGGAACCUCCUUGUACAAGCAGCACUUUCUUCUGCCAUAGCAACAUGUGCAUCAAUAAUUCUUUAGUUUGUAAUGGUGUUCAAAACUGUGCAUACCCCUGGGAUGAAAAUCACUGUAAAGAAAAGAAAAGGGCUGGAUUGUUUGAGCAAAUCACUAAAACUCAUGGAACCAUCAUUGGCAUCACAUCAGGGAUUGUCUUUGUUCUUCUCAUUAUUUCUAUUUUAGUACAAGUGAAGCAGCCCCGGAAAAAGGUCAUGGCUUGCAAAACUGCUUUUAAUAAAACGGGGUUCCAAGAGGUGUUUGAUCCUCCUCAUUAUGAACUGUUUUCACUAAGAGACAAAGAGAUUUCUGCAGACCUGGCAGACUUGUCAGAAGAACUGGACAGCUACCAGAAGAUGCGGCGCUCCUCCACAGCUUCCCGGUGCAUUCAUGACCAUCACUGUGGAUCUCAAGCAUCCAGUGUCAAACAAAGCAGAACCAACCUCAGUUCCAUGGAACUUCCUUUUCGAAAUGAUUUUGCACAACCACAGCCAAUGAAAACAUUUAAUAGCACCUUCAAAAAAAGUAGUUACACUUUCAAACAGGGGCACGAGUGCGCUGAGCAGGCCCUAGAAGACAGAGUAAUGGAAGAGAUUCCCUGUGAGAUUUAUGUCAGAGGGCGAGAUGACUCUGCACAAGCAUCCAUAUCCAUUGACUUUUAAUCGUUCACUGACAGCAGCAUUAAUGAGUCUGCGUGUGUGUGUAGCCUGCACAGCACCUAUCUCAACAGACAAUCCUGUUCCCUUGUUAAAAGUAGGAAGACCUUCAUGACCUAUCAUAAUUGUGACAUUUUUAUUAUCUCAGGCAGUCUAUAUUCAUUAAGCCAACCAUGAAACUUAAUGUAUUCACUGGGAAAAAAAUUAUCCUCAUCUGUUGCUUAGUGUCAUAUCCACAGAGCACCAGCAGAUGAGUAAGCAGCAGCUGGAGGGAAGUGGUUGUGUGGAGCCCGGCUCAGCUGCCUGGCGGCAUCUCCUACAGGAUACUGCUCUUGCUGCUGCAGCCUUGUCAAUGUUUUGAUCCCACAGUAAACUUAGAAGUAAGAUUUUUUUCUUUACAUUCUUUUUGUCUUUUCUUUAAAUAUGCUUUAUUUUCAUAUACAUUCACCAUUUCAGUUUUCUACAUAAGUACCUCUGACUCCAGCAUAGGCAUUUGUUCUUACAUGAACAAAAGGAUAGCUAGUUACUCUGAUAGGGUGCCUCAGACUCACGACCCAUUUCUUCCUAAUUUCUGUGCUACCAUCUUUAAUCACUGGGUCUUUAGUCCUUAUUUUCUGUGAGAAGUAUUCAAUGAUAUGAUUGAUUACCUUUAAGUCAUAUUCUGUCUUAGUUAUAGUAGAAAAUGUCAUAAUCCUGGAAUAUAUUGCCAGUUGUUAGUCAUGACUAAAACUUUGAGAAAGAUGAAAAUGUGUAGCUAGCAAGCCUUUGAAGCUUUCCACAUUUGGUCACAUUCAGUGACAACCCAUUCAUUUCAGUAAUCAGUCACUGAAUUCAUCUAUGGGUGGGCCUGUGUAACUCAUUUGACUUAUAAUGGUUCUUAGACCUGUGUUCCCUUUUUUUUUUUUUUCCAACAUGAUUGCUCCCUUUGUAUCGGCUUAUCAUUUGACAUAUGGUAACCAAGGUUGGGUGAGAAUUAAACAAAAUUCCCUGAGAGACUUAUAAGCCUUUGGAUUGUUUCUGCUUAAAACAGUGCAUUUUUUUUAGCUCUUAGAAAGAAUAACAAUUUUAAACUGCACAUUUGACCUUAUGUUUUUUAUGGUAUACAAAAUAAUUUAUAAACAUGAUAUCAAAACUUCUGUUUUUUUAGAUUUUUGAUAUUAUUUGAUACUGUACAAACUUUAUUAAAUCAAGAUUUAAGACCUACAAGACAGAUUUCUUUGAAUGUUCACAUUAGCUGUGAUAGGACUGUACAUUAUAAUUUAUUAUAAAUACUUUGACAAUAUGUACAUAAGCUUUUUUUUGGUACUAUAUUUAGUUGAUGAUAAAUUUUUCACUAUGUGGUAUUUAUUACUCUAAAUCACUACUGAAAUCUUUCAUUGAAUAUACAUUGCUACAUAAUUCUUCAAAUAUGUUAUUUAUAGCACCAGGAUUUUGGACAUGUAUGGAAAGAAAUCCAUAUAUUUAAUUAUCAUUAAUACAGAUACACUAUGUAAAAGAGGUUAAUUCUCAUUUUCUAUAUUUGUUGUACUAAAUUCCCAAUGAAAUGAGAAGUUGAAGUUUCACUGGAUUUUACUAAUUCUUUGAAAUAUUAUAAAGAUAUGAUCUCUCAAGUUAGUGAAAACUAUGACCAUAAAUGUGAUAUAAAAUACUGUCUCAAAGUA